AUGCAUCAAGCCAAACCACUUUUCGCCAAGGUUGUGAUGGGCGUGUUAACAGUCAUUCUGUCUUGCGCUUGUUUCCUGGGUAAUGGUUUCGUUCUUGCAGUCAUUGCGCGGUUUAAAUCGUUACGAACAGUUCCCAACAUUCUCGUCGCCAAUCUUGCUUUUGUGGAUCUGGUCAACGCAGCCAUCACCGUACCGCCCUAUAUGAUAUACUACGUCUUCGAGGCCAGUUGGUUCAAAGGCAAAGCCUUGGGAAUCAUGACAGUCGUCUUAAAUAGACUCUUUACGGUUCUCAACCUUGCUUCCAUGAUCGUCAUGUUGACAAAUAUGUACUUGGCCAUUUCUUUUGACCUUAAGUACUUUGUCUGGAAGACAAACAGGAAAGCUCUUCUCUCUGUUUUUCUAACUUGGUUCAUUAGUAUCGUGUCGGUGGCUUUUUCCUCAAUCUCGCUAUUCGAUUUCAAUCUUGGUGAUGUUCAUGUGAUGGAGUACAGAGAGAGGAUCUUCAAGGAGGGAAGACUCUUUGUCAUGUCUUUUUUGGUGAUUUUUCUUAUUUUUGCCGCACUUGUGUGUUUUUUAACGGCCCGCGCAAUCAAGAAGAAGCAAAAGAAGAGAGCAGAUUUGAACCUACCACCUCUCCAGGCUGAAGCUCGACUACAGUGCGAAAUCAAAGCGACCAAAACCAUCGUUAUUACAGUAGUUGCUUAUUUCCUCUGCUACGUUCCUGCUAUCCUGUAUGCAGUGGUGGGUUCUCGGGAACUAAAACAGGUGAAUUCCUGGUUUGCAUUCAUCGCCUCGAGCAGCCUCUACAUCUCAAGCGCUCUGAACCCGAUCAUUUACUAUCUGCGAACCAAACGAUUUCGUUCAGCUUUCAAGCAGUUUCUUAAAGAUCCUUUUGGUUCAAGUGAUUUCGAAGGGAAACUGAAAGGUAAGCCAAGAAAGUUGGAUGUGGAAGGAGUUGAAGAUGUAGACGCGCAUCAAACAAAACAUAACAACCAAAGAGGGCAAAUGUAUUCAGGCAAACAAAGAAACGGAAUAAGGAUUGUUCCCAUUGAACGCCUGGGAGCUGAUCCCUGUGCGCAUCAUGACGUUGGUGAUGAUAAAAAAUACGACGACAGGAAAGAACAAAGUCCUUCGAGUCUUCAAGCCCAAAAUUCAUGCCAGGGACAGGUUGAAGAAAGUGACAAAGAAAAUGAAAACAAGUCUAGGAAUUGUGGUUUGAAUAACAAGUCCAGGAAACGCACUCAUUUUCAUAUAAAGAGAAAGUAUUUCCAAUGGGAGUAA